AUGUCUGGAUUAAAUCCUUUCCGCCAUAAGAAACUCGCUUCUACCUCUACUUCUACCGCCGGAGCCGUCGUAGCCUCAGACCCAGCGUCCGCUUCACCGCCGGCGUCUCUCCCCGCCGCACAGCCAGGCAGCAGCAGCACCAAACCUCACGGUCAGGACGAGCAGCAGACACAGCAGGACAAUAAUAGACGGCCGGGCGCAGCUGAGGAAUGGCUUGCGAGUCUGGAUACAGCUGUUGCAAGGCAGAAGAAGGGUGAAACACAGCAGCAAGAAGAGGGUAGAGCGCUGUUUGAGAGGGUGGAAGAUCAUUCUUCGUCUCGUCCGGCUUCCAAUUCAAAGACAGUUCGCAUCGCCUCUCCGCCGGCAAAACAGAUACCUUCCCCCAGCGUUAACGAGGACCAUGACGGCAAUGAAAAAGGUUACUUUGGCUCGAAUGCAUCUGAAUAUACGCCUACAAGCUCGGGGUCGACGCAUCGUGCUUCGACGCCCGGUACUGAGCCAGUCGAGGACCCGUUCAAUGCUGCCAUCGGUAGUCCCGGCAGCUCCGGCGACGACGAGGAGGAUGAAGACGAUGAAGACGAGGAGAUAGAGCGCUUGAGUAAGCGGGAGCAGGACGGUCUAGGCCUCGGGCUAGGUCCCGUUGCUGAUCCGCCGUCUCUACGGAGGGUGUCAUACCAGGGAGACCUGAGAAGCAGAGGACAGGCACAUGCGGAAGCUGGAUCUACGAGAAAGAGAGCAACUAUGGACGUCGAUGCGUUUAAGAGGCUGCUACUCACCGGGGAUACGGCGGAGGGUAUGAAAAAUAGCAAAGAUUUGUUUGCUUCUACUACAGCUACUACCACCGCCACCAGGCAAGAGAACCAGACGAAGCCUGUCGGCGAGAAGAAGCUGCCUCCUCCUCCGCCAAAGUCCCGUCGAGGAAAAGCUAUAUCUUCCUCUCACAGCUCAGAGUCUACUGAUAAGUCUACUGAAGGUCUUGUUCCUGUUCCUGUGCCUGUUUCCCCCCUCACAAUAAGCCAUACAAAUCACCCGCCGCUUCCAUACACGGAGCUCAGCCCCCUUCACCUCCCCUACGGCGACAGGCUGCGCAAUCGGAGCCAGUUCCGCCUACUCAUGCACAGCUUAAACGGCCCCCAACGCCUCCUAUAA